AUGCCUGAUGAGUUUCUCGCUAGCAACCCCCCCCCGCUCUGGAUCACUCUCUACCACGUUGUCACCCGCCUCCCUGACUCUCUGCGCCCUGCGGACGACGCAGGGGCAGGAGUGGCAGGAGUGGGGGUGGUGGCGGAGGAGGCGGGGGUGGAGGUGGUGGCGGUGGAGGUGCGACUGGAGAGACUAGUGGCGGCAGUGGUGGAGGUGACAGCGGUGUUGGGAGUGGUGACAGGGGCGGAGGUGGCAGCGGAGGCGGAGGUGGUCGUGGCAGCGGCAGGGGUGGAGGUGGCCGGGGCGGAGGCGGAGGGGGUGGUGGUCGUGGAGGCCCGGGGGGCGGUCAGAGAAGGGUGUUGA